AUGGAGCAGGAGAGAAGUUUGCCGGGGUCGUCGCUUAGCCCUAGAUCUCCGUCUUCGCAGCCUUUUCUUUCAGUUUCGGUGACUGAUCCUGUGAAAUUGGGCAAUGGCGUCCAAGCUUAUAUCUCUUACCGAGUCAUCACGAAGACUAAUUUUCCUGAAUACCAAGGACCAGAGAAGAUUGUCAUUCGGCGUUAUAGUGAUUUUGUUUGGUUACAUGAUCGGAUUUUUGAGAAGUAUAAAGGCAUUUUUAUUCCUCCUCUUCCAGAGAAGAAUGCUGUAGAGAAAUUUCGUUUUAGUGCUGAAUUUAUUGAAAUGAGGCGUCAAGCUUUGGAUAUAUUUGUGAAUCGGAUAGCUUCACAUCAUGAGCUCCAAACGAGUGAGGAUUUGAGAACCUUCUUGCAGGCCGAAGAAGAGACCAUGGAGAGGUUGAGGUCUCAUGAUUCUGGAAUUUUCAAGAGAAAGCCGGCUGAUUUAAUGCAAAUGUUCAAGGAUGUACAAUCUAAAGUGAGUGACAUUGUUCUUGGAAAAGAAAAACCGGUGGAAGAAUCAAAUCCGGAAUAUGAGAAGCUAAAACACUACAUCUUUGAGCUGGAAAACCACUUAACUGAAGCUCAGAAGCAUGCAUAUCGACUUGUGAAAAGGCAUAGAGAGUUGGGACAAGCGUUAGCAGAUUUUGGAAAGGCUUCCAAGCUACUUGGUGCUUGUGAAGAGAAUGCUGUUGGCAAGGGAUUCUCAGAACUAGGAGCAAAAUCAGAGAUGUUGUCAACUAAGCUGCAGAAAGAGGCACACCAACUUCUGAUGAAUUUUGAGGAACCCUUGAAAGAUUAUGUUCGUACAGUACAAUCUAUUAAGGCCACUAUAGCCGAGAGAGCCAAUGCCUUCAGGCAGCAAUGUGAACUGGCCGAAACAACAAAGCUGAAGGAAAUAAAUCUAGACAAACUCAUGCUCAUGAGAUCUGAUAAAGCAGUUGAGGCUGAAAUGGAGUACAAGGAGUUGAAGGCAGCGAGUGAGGAAGCAACAAGAAGAUUUGAGACAAUAGUGGCACUAAUGAAUGAAGAGACCAUAAGAUUUCAGGAACAGAAAACGCUAGAAAUGGGGCUUGCUUUCCAUGAAUUCGCAAAAGGACAGGCGCGUUUGGCAAAUGGGGUUGCUGAUGCUUGGCGAAGUCUCCUUCCCAAGCUCGAGGCUCUCUCCGUUUCAUGAACGAUUAAUUACGGCUGCAGCAACGACAUGCUUUAGUAGUCAGAGGCAGAUAGUAGUAACACAACACAUUUACAAUUACAAUGCAGUCGUUUACGCUGUUUCGGUUAUGUUUUCUGAUUUCCAUCUUCUGUACAAAUCUAAAUAUGGCGUUGUAGUCUUAGACAUCUUUAGCAGAUUAUAUUCUGUGACGCUUGUUCAUAUUACUGUGUAUUUUCCACUGUGUUUGGGUUUAAUCAGAAUUUUUCCUUUGUUUAAAUGGUUCAGUAGUCUGUAAUACUCGACAUGAUGAAGUGGCCUUGUGGAAACGUUUCAAGUUUUGAGAAUAAAAAAUAAACAUGAUGUUCCAAGUA